AUGUCAACAGUACAACGGAUCGGAUCCGGUCGGUCGAGCAGACAACGGUCUGCCCGCCAAUCAGUGCGAAAGUGCGAGAGCGUCCGGCUGACGAUCGCCGACUGCCCGGGCCUGCUUCCCAAAGCGUCGGAGAACGUGGGCCUGGGCCAUGCGUUCCUGCGACACAUCGAACGGUCAAAGAUAUUAGACUUGAUAGCCGGAUUACUGACGACGCCCUUCAAUUCCAGCCACCAAGACACCAACCUUGACGCGGCGCUGGCCCGGUUCUUGGAAGUCUCGAAGAACUACCUGCAUGAGUUGAGUGUCUCCGCCCGGCCAGAGAUUGACGGGGCCGUCCACAGCGACUAUGCGGCCUUGUUUGUGCCAGCAAGCCUCUCGAGCCGCGAGUGGGCCUGGCCGCCAUGGGUGAACAUUGGCACCCACCAGCGCACAUACAUGAUCAACAAGCUGGUCAACCGCUUCCUCCUCGGAACCGCCGCAGAAGGGCCGCAAGUGGUGUCGCUGGGCGCAGGCAGCGACAGCCGCUUCUGGCACCCCUGCUCCCGGCUCACCGCCCGGUGGCCACCGCUGGCCCGUUGGUUCAAGACCAAACUUGAGCCGACCGUGCGCCAGAAGAUCCGGACGAUCACCACACACAAGUCGCUCCGGGGUCUGUGUGGCCACUGCUUGCUUGAUCCUUCCGCAACAACAACACCUCCGCCCAAUGGCUGGCCUGGGCAGAUGGCCCGCCAACGGAGCUCCAUGGCGCCCAUUACACGCUGCUCUUGGCCGACCUGCGUCGGCCAGCGGAACUUGUUGCGAAGCUCAGCGCGUCUGCUCUAA